AUGUCGACUGCCGAAGAAUUCAAAGCCGCUGGAAAUGAAGCUCUGAAAAAGGGCGACACCAACAAAGCCAUUGAGAAUUACACAAAGGCUAUCAAUGCUGACGGUUCCAACCAUGUCUACUAUUCCAAUCGCUCUGCUGCCUACUUGAAGCAAGGAGAUGCUAAUAACGCUUUGGAAGAUGCCAAUGCUUGCAUUGGGUUGAAUCCUGACUUUGCAAAGGGAUAUUCUCGAAAGGGUGCCGCAUUGCAUUCCUUGAAACGCUACAAUGAUUCCAUUGCCAUUUACAAUGAAGGUUUGGGCAAGUUCCCUGAUGAUGCUGGUUUGAAGAAGGGCCUUGCCGAUGUCCAGCGUGAAAAGGAAAAUCCCUAUGGAAGUCCUGGUGGUGCAGGCGGUGGUGCCCCAGGAGGCUUGUUUGGCCCGCAAAUGAUGGCACAAAUGGCCAUGGACCCAAGACUGAGAAAAUAUUUGAAUGAUCCUGAUGUCAUGGGAAAGAUCCAAUUGGUUCAAAAGAAUCCCAGCCUUAUGCCAACGAUUAUGAACGAUCCAAAGAUGAUGGAAAUGUUGAGCAUGAUGAUGGGUGGAGAGCAACCAGAAGAAGGAGGAUCCUCGUCGUCAGCCUCAGCACCGAAAAAGGCCGCGCCAAAGAAGGAAGAAAAACCUGUUGAAAAGGAGGAAGACUGGUCAAAUUUGUCUCCUGAAGAAAGAAAGAAAAAGGAAACCGAACGUGACGCACGAGUAAAGAAGGAGGCUGGUAACGAAUUCUACAAGAAGAAGGAGUUUGAAAAGGCACUUGCUGCUUAUGACGAAGCCAUUGCUAUCGAUCCAACCAACAUGACUUUCUUAUCCAAUAAGGCUGCCGUUUACUUCACCCAAAAGAAGUACGACGAGUGCAUCCAGCUAUGUAUGGAAGCCGUCGAAGUCGGAAAGGCCAACAUGGGACCCUUUGAAGAUCGUGCCAAGGCACUCACAAGAUGCGCAAAAGCAUACCAAAAGAAAGGAGACCUUGCCAAGGCCAUUGAAAUGUGCAAGGAUGCUCAGCUUGAAAAUUAUGACAAGGCAACACAGCGGUUGCUCAAGACUAUUGAAUUGGAGAAAAAGAAAAAGGACGUUUCUGAUUACCAAGAUGACGCGAAAGCUGACGAAGCCAAGCAACGUGGUAAUGACUUUUUCCGAAGCAAGGAAUGGCCCAAGGCUGUUGCCGAAUACGAAGAGGCUGUCAAGCGUGCUCCAAAGAAUGCUGCUAUCCGCAAUAACUUGAGUGCGGCACUUUGUAAGAUCAUGGACUUUAACGGGGCUAGAAGGGAAGCCGAAAAGGCACUUGAAAUUGAUCCAAAGUACGUUAAGGCGUGGGCUCGCAAGGGUGAUAUUGAAAUGGUAAUGAAGGAAUUCCACAAGGCAAUGGAUUCCUACAAGGCUGGAUUGGAGCUUGAUCCAUCGAAUGCCGCUUGCAAACAAGGAUUGCAAAAGGUCACUGCCCAAAUCAACUACGGACGAGCAAGUAUGACAGAUGAACAAAAGAAGGAGCAAGCAGCGCAUGCCAUGGCGGAUCCUGAAAUUCAAUCCAUCCUCACCGACCCAGUCAUUCAACAAGUCCUUCGAGACUUUGCCGAGAAUCCAAAUGCAGCACAAAAGGCCAUGGCAGACGCAUCCGUUGCAGCAAAGAUUCAGAAACUAAUUGCCUCUGGUGUUGUAGAAACUCGCUAA